AUGUCUGUUGAAGUCACUCCUUCCAAGCAGGCUGCCGCCGCUCUCGAUUCUUUCAAGAUGGAGUCCCCCGUCAAGAAGCUCAACUUCAACAACGCCGACAAGGAGAACCAGCCCAUCAGCUCUGACGUUGCCACCGCAACCGACAUUCAAACCAAGCCCACUGAGGAGUCCACGAAGCAGCAAGAAGCGCCUGUCGUCGCCCCUGGCAUCAAGGAGGAGGAGAUGGACGAGCCUCUUCUCCAGGAGAACGGCCAACGCUUCGUUCUCUUCCCCAUCAAGUACCAUGAGAUUUGGCAAAUGUACAAGAAGGCCGAGGCCUCUUUCUGGACUGCUGAGGAGAUUGAUUUGUCCAAGGAUCUCCACGACUGGAACAACAAGAUCAACGAUGAUGAGAAGUACUUCAUCUCUCACAUUCUCGCCUUCUUCGCCGCUUCCGACGGCAUCGUCAAUGAGAACCUGGUUGAGCGUUUCUCUGGCGAAGUCCAGGUCCCCGAGGCGCGCUGCUUCUACGGCUUCCAGAUCAUGAUGGAGAACAUUCACUCCGAGACUUACUCCCUUCUCAUCGACACCUACAUUAAGGAGCCUGCCCAGCGUACCUAUCUCUUCAACGCCAUCGACACCAUCCCCUGCAUCCGUAAGAAGGCUGACUGGGCCUUGCGCUGGAUCACGGACACAAAGUCCACCUUCGCCCAGCGCCUCGUUGCCUUUGCCGCCGUCGAGGGCAUCUUCUUCAGCGGUGCUUUCGCCUCCAUCUUCUGGCUCAAGAAGCGUGGUCUCAUGCCCGGUCUGACCUUCUCCAACGAGCUCAUCUCCCGUGAUGAGGGUCUCCACACCGACUUUGCCUGCCUUCUGUACUCUCACCUGAAGCACCGCCCCAGCAAGCAGGUGAUUGAGGAUAUUAUCGUCGAUGCUGUCAAGAUCGAGCAAGAGUUCCUGACCGAGGCUCUGCCUUGCGCCCUCCUGGGCAUGAACUCCAACCUGAUGAAGCAAUACAUCGAGUUCGUCGCUGAUCGUCUGUUGGUCGCUCUCGGCAACGACAAGGUCUACAAAUCGACCAACCCCUUCGACUUCAUGGAGAACAUCUCUCUUGGUGGCAAGACCAACUUCUUUGAGAAGCGUGUCGCUGACUACCAGAAGGCCGGUGUCAUGAACAGUGCUAAGAAGUACCAGGAUGAGUCUGCCGGCUCUUCCGAGGAGAAGGGUGAGAAUGGCGGCGACUUCUGCUUUGACGAGGACUUCUGA